GCUGCUGGCCGGCCGGCCGUCCGAAAACCUUCGCCCAGUUUAGCUGCUGCCCAAUCAAGAGUUCUUCGGAAAAAAGACUUAGGUCAGUCUUCACAAUCAUGUUUGAGAUUUUGACAAAAAUGAGACCACUUCUGUCAUCUGCUUGCUGGUUGUGUCGCCACCAUUCUCCAGUCCAAGGAAUAUCUUUCUUUGGAUCAAUAGCCAGCUCAUUACAGGGCUCUAUAUUCCAGCCCACCCUUCAAACAGUGCGAAGCAUCACCAUCAAUCAGCUCCAUAGAAGAGGACCGCUGCGCAAGAAACCCAACCCCAAUAAGACAUUUGCAAUGGACAAGCGACCCCAAAUGAAGGGGGUGGUACUGAAGACCUUGAUUCGUAAGCCGAAGAAACCCAAUUCAGCCAACAGGAAGUGCGCCAAGGUGAGGCUCAGCAAUGGUCGAGAGGUAGUGGCCUUUAUCCCAGGAGAAGGCCAUAAUCUUCAAGAACAUAACAUUGUCUUGGUGGAAGGUGGCAGGACGCAAGACUUGCCUGGUGUCAAACAUACCGUCAUCAGGGGAAAAUAUGACUGUGGACAUGUCGUCAAGAGGAAAUGAACUAUGGAUUCAUUGUAAAACAAUGUUUCGCACCAUGUUGGAUCAAGUUGAGCUUCAUCAGAAAGAUCAACAGUGAUAUGUCGGGUACAUCUUGACAGUUCCCGGGCCUGCAGUGAAGGUUAUUUUAUACAUCGUGUUCUUAUUGUUAACAUCGAAUGCAGUAUGUAUUGGGUCUUCCAACCUUGGAAAUGGAAACAUCAAUUUAUUCAAGAUGAGACUCAUUGCAGAAUUAUUAAUGUAUGAGAAGUUAUGUGAGGGGGUGUAUGUUCAUUUCACAAAAAUUGCAAUAUCAUCCGUCACAUGUUAUAAUUGAUCGAGAACCUAUAUCUAUAAUAAUGGUAAUGAAAUAAUAAAGGUGUUAUUUUAUAAAGUGCACACGCUGUCGAAAUACGCUCAUGUUGCUAGCCCAGCAACACUCCCUUCAGGUGCCCUAAACAAUUUUAUUACUGUUUUUAUUAUUAUUUUUUGUUUCCUUAGCUAGUUUCAUGUACAUGUAUUUUUCAUGUUAC